AUGUCGACCCUACUACGGAAGGCCAAGUCAACUAUCGCUGCAGUAGUGGAGGCACGUCACGAUGCGUCUUCAAGUUGGACCAACCUGUCAGGCAAAUUGGCCACCAGAAACGGACUACACAAAGCCCAACUCCAUCCUGAGACGCUCUUCAACCCAUCUUUCAGCAAGAGUACUCUCGCCUUACGUCAUCCCCAGGCCGACCAACCUUUGACCGAAUUUCGCAGACGAUUUGCCAGGGAGGCAAAGGAAGAGGAGAAAGCAAAGGAACGGAUUCUACGUGGAAGGCCCAGCGAAGACGCCAGCAUUCAGUCAAGAGAUCAGGACAACAAAAUCGCUCAAACACACGGGAUUGACUCAGGACUGCGGCCUAGUAUUCGGAGAUAG